AUGUCCUCACGAGGCCGCGGACGCGGCGGCGGAGGUCGCAACAACAGAGAACCGCCUUCUCGCUCCGUCCAGAUAUCAAAAAAGCUCUCCUGGCUCCUUCGCCACGGCGCUGAAUCAGAAAACCUCCCACUGGGACCAGGCGGCUUCGCAAAUCUCGCAGAUGUCCUCAACAAUCGCAAGCUGAAAGCCUUGCAGAUCACCUUCGACGAAGUACGGCAAGUGGUGGACGAAAAUGAGAAGCAGCGGUUCACUAUGGUUCCUGUCUCUAACUCUGCGGACGAAGUCGAUGGCCAAGCACCAGAGAAGGCGCAAACAAGCGAUGGCCCUGAUGGAGUGAAGCAAACGCCCCUUGCCUCCACAGAUCCAAAGGACUACAAAAUCCGCGCCAACCAAGGCCACAGCCUCAAAGUUGAAGCCGAAGGCCUCCUGACAUCCAUCUCGCUCGACUCCAUUCCCGAAACGGCAGUCCAUGGCACUACUCACGCCGCUUGGCCUCAAAUACUCGCCUCAGGUGGCUUGAAACCGAUGGGUCGUACUCACGUCCACUUCGCCACCGGUCUACCAGCUAGAUUCACGACCCUCCCUGCUUCUGAUGCCGUCGAUGGAGUGGAAGCCGAUACGCAAGCCCCGGUGAUAUCUGGCAUGCGCAACUCCUCCACGAUCCUUGUAUUUGUGGACGUGAAGAAGGCGAUGGAUGCAGGGUUAAAGUUUUGGACGAGUGAGAAUGGUGUUGUGUUGAGUGAGGGGGAUGAGGAAGGGAUGGUGGGCGUGCAGUUUUUCAAACGGGUGGAGGACCGCACCGGGGAGGGUGUGUUGAUCGAGGAAGGAAAGGUUGUCAAGGAGGCGCCCUCGCAUUGGGGUCAGAAGGGAGGAGGCGGGGGGAGAGGAAGGGGACGAGGUAGAGGGAAGGCGUGA